AUGCGCCGCUACUCGCAGCUGCCCGCGCGCCAGGACACGCUCGCCGACCGCGCGCACCGCUACCGCGGGGUCCUGCUCGUCGUCCUCGCCCCCGUCGCGCUCGUCUCCCUCGUGCUCCUCCUCAUGCCGCGCUCCCCCACCACCUCCGUCACGACCCACGCCGCCCCCGCCGCCAGCAAGUACGCCGUCAUCUUCGACGCGGGCAGCUCCGGCAGCCGCGUCCACGUCUUCCGCUUCGACGCCAACCUGGAUCUCCUCCACAUUGGCUCCGAGAUCGAGCUAUUCGUCCAGAAAAAGCCCGGGCUCAGCGCGUACGCCGCGGACCCGCGCGAGGCCGCGGAAUCGCUCGUCUCCCUCAUUGACAAAGCCAAGGAGGUGAUCCCCGCCGAGCUGCGCGACCAGACGCCUGUCAGGGUUGGGGCCACUGCGGGUCUGAGAGCGUUGGGAACAGAGAAGUCCGAGCAGAUUUUGCAAGCGGUUAGGGAUCUUCUUCGUGAGAAGAGUUCAUUUAAAAACCAGCCGGACUGGGUUACAGUUCUUGAUGGAUCUCAGGAAGGUGCAUAUGAAUGGGUUACCAUUAAUUAUCUGUUGGGAAAUUUGGGAAAGACCUAUGCAGACACUGUUGGUGUGGUUGAUCUUGGCGGUGGAUCUGUCCAAAUGGCAUACGCUAUCGCAGAGAAGGAUGCCGAAAAGGCUCCUAAACCAGCAGAAGGCGAAGAUGCAUAUGUGAAGAAGCUCUUCCUUAAGGGAACGACAUAUUAUCUUUAUGUCCACAGCUAUUUGCGCUAUGGGCUGCUGGCUGCUAGAGCAGAGAUCUUAAAGGCUGGCAAUGCCAAUGGUUACAGCAACUGUAUAUUGGCUGGACACCAGGGGCAAUAUAAAUAUGGCGACAAGACAUUUGAAGCAUCAGCUGCACCUUCUGGUGGUAGUUAUUCAGAUUGCAGGGAUGAUGUAGUGAAAGCUCUUAAAGUGGACGAAGCUUGCACUCACAUGAAAUGUUCCUUCGGUGGCAUUUGGAAUGGUGGUGGUGGUGAUGGACAGAAGAAUCUCUUUGUAGCAUCGUUUUUCUUUGACAGGGCAGCUGAGGCUGGUUUCAUAAACCCUGAGGCAGCUGUUGCUAAGGUUAAACCCUCAGACUUUGAGGAAGCUGCCAAGCGUGCUUGUAAGUUAAACGUGAAUGACGCCCAGUCUAGUUACCCCGGUGUCCAGAAGGAUAACAUUCCAUAUAUUUGCAUGGAUCUUGUUUACCAGUACACACUGCUUGUUGAUGGAUUUGGUGUCGAGCCUCAACAAGAGAUGACCUUGGUAAAGAAGGUCCCCUACAGUGACGCGUUUGUUGAAGCAGCAUGGCCACUUGGAAGCGCCAUUGAGGUUGCAUCUUCAUCAUAGGCAUCACCCUUUUAGCAAGGGAACAUCGAUGGGGGACCGUGAGCGUGGCCGCCGUAGAAGUUUUGGAUUCAGAGGUUUUACACUUGAUCUGGUUCUGCGCUCCCCCUGAAGUCGCCAUUUUGUCACUUGGUCAGUUCAUCUAGCCUCCCCUCCCGUACAGUAGAUUCAUACAAGGACACAUGUAUUACAUCACCAACUGUACUUGAUCCAGACGCCAUUGUAAGGCGCAUUAUUAUUUUUGUACUGAUGAAAGUAGGAUGAGAGCAUAUGCCAUUCUUUCAGACUUCCACGUGAGAUGAACACGAAUACAUUAUUCACUUGCCGUAAAUGUCUUGUUCGUUACUA